CAUUAGCUCUUCUUCUCAUCCAACCGCUACCGUCCUUGUCCUUUCCUGUCUCUACCACGAUGGACGAGGUUCUCCCCGGCCUUUGGAUCGGUGACCUCGCAUGUGCCCUCUCUCCCGAAUACCUGAGCAUCGCCGGGAUAACGCACAUCAUCACCGCGCUAGGCCAAAGGCUCCCAGCUCCCAAGUCUCCUUUACCCUGCGGACGCACAAUCCCGGCCUCGCGCUGCUAUCAUGUCAAGUGCGACGAUGAAGAGUCGGAGAAUCUGCUGGUGCAUUUCCCACGAGUCAACGAGGUCAUUAAUGAAGCAUUGCAGGAGCAAUGGGUCAAGGGAGAGCAAGGAGGGGAGAUUGAUGAGUGGAGGGAAGCGACGCACGAGUGGGGACAUUGGGAGACUACGGGAGAGGGGACGGUGCUCGUCCAUUGUCAGGCUGGAUGUAGCAGGAGUGUGGCGCUAGUAGUGGCAUAUGUCAUGGCUACCAGAGGUAUUGGAAGGGAUGCUGCGCUUGAGCUGAUCAGGGCGAGACGAAGUCAAGCUGAGCCUAAUGAGGGAUUUAUGGAACAACUGGACCUUUACGAGCGAGCAGGCUGCAAAGUGGACCUUCGUCACGCCCCAAUCCGUCGUUUCCUGAUGAGCAAGACAGACCUGCAAAGAGGCGGACGAGCAGAAGAUCUACUCGUGAGCUACUUCCCCAGCCCAGCAGCAAGCCCGCCUUCUUCGGCUGCCUCUUCAUCAGGAAGACAUUCCAGCGUCAUACCUGCCAUGAGCUCGCUGGACCUGGCUGAUGGGCAGGCCGCGCCGCCAGGCAUGGUCAGGAGGGCGUCCCGCUCGAGUGUAGGGGAGAGGAGCGGCAUGGCGCUCACGAGGAGCGAAUCAGUUGAUCUAGGCGUCUCUCCUGCCAUGCCCAAGGAUACGGAUCAAUUGUUUGCGAGAGAUCAGGAGCAGCUCCGCAAGGAUCAAGAGGAGGAAGAGCAGAGAAGAAGAGGCGUUAACUCGUGGGCUACAUCACUCAGCUCGCCGCAUGAGGUCUUGGUGACAAAGAACCUCGCCGAACAGCAAGCGUCAUCAUCGAGCUCUGUUGAUGCCUCCUCAUCGUCUUCAUCCUCGCGUACGCCGUUCAACGUUCCCCCCUCAUCCCUCCGUGGCCACGAAUCAGCCUUCAAUCGGGGAUCCCUCCCCAAGCCAGACUACGUAGCCGAAGGUGCCACACGGCUGCGUUGUCGCAUGUGCAGGCGAGAGAUUGCGGCGCGCGAUCACGUCGUUGAACAUGACGUUGGAGUGGGAAAGGGGGCAUUUGAUGUCAAGAAGAGGGGCAAGGAUGCGCGCAAUGAGAAGAGAAGCGUGGCGGUUGGGCAAUCGGCGGCGGGAGGGGCAGCGAAGACGAUGCCGCCGGAUGACGAGGCGAUGCGGGCGCUGUCGAGUGGGCAGGAUCAGGAGCAGCAGAGUCGUCAAGAUGGCGAGGCGAGCGGUACAGCUCCUAUGGACGAAGACGACGAGACAACCGUUGAUGGUGGGCGACGGCCAAUCUUGCAAUCCGCUGCCUCUCUCACGGCAUCUCUUCCACCUCAUCUCGCGGCUCUACGAGCAGGUCGAGCUCCACCAGGCGCGCAGGUCGCACAAGAUGAAGCACUGCGGCAAAGCAGGGCGAGGAGUGGCGGCGGUGGCGGCGCUGCUGGUGGAGGAUCGGCGGCAUUGCGAGAGAAGCUUGGUCUGGGUGGUGCCCGAGCACGACCACCAGGCGUGAACGGGGACAAUAGCGCCUCUACUACUCAGCAGGACGGACCGUCGAAGCCGGCUUCGUCAAGUCGCCCCUCUCUCCCACCUCUGCUGCCCUCCCCACACUGCACCUCGUACUUCCUCGAGCCGCUCAGCUGGAUGUCUCUUCCGACAGAUGGGUCUCAUUCGUCUUUGGCAGGCAAAUUGCUCUGUCCAAAUCAGUCGUGUAGGUCCAAGCUUGGGUCAUGGGACUGGGCAGGUGUACAAUGCGCUUGUGGCGCAUGGGUCACGCCUGGAUUCGCCGUGCUGAGGAGCAGAGUGGAUGAGGUGGAGGGAUCAGGGAGGACGAGGGGCGAGGUCAAGAGUGAUCGAUAGCCACACGAGGCAGAUGCAGGGAUGUAUAAAACGUCGUCUAAUCGGUAUCGUGCUCGUGCAGUCGUGAGAAAUCUUAGUGAGCGAGCCGCUCGUUGCUCUCAUGCACAGCCGGAGGUUGAGACUCGAGUGGCUGUGGUGGAGGCGCAACGUCGGGGCGCAACGCACAGACGCAGACUGAGAUGCUUCGUCGACGUCGAGGGGAAUCACAAGACUGAACCGACCUCAUCG